AUGAAACGUAAAGGUGAAUAUGCCGCACUGAAAGCUGAACCGAACAAUGUUGAAGGAGGAUCCGCCAUUAAACUCGAAAUCAUGAUCUUGAAUUUUUUAAAUCGUGAUGGCGAUAAGCCGCAUGUGAUGAAAUUAUAUCAUGCUGCAAAACAUCGGAGAUUUUCUUAUAUGAUUGUUACACUCCUCGGUGAAAACCUUCGCACUCUAAAAGUAAAUCACUAUCCCAAGCUCGUUUUCUUAAUUCUUUGA